AUGAACAUAGAUGAGGAGGGACUCCCAUCUCCUUCGACCCCUAGAAUAAGAGCCAUCACAUAUCCCGAUCAUUUCAGUCCUGUGACCGACACCACAGGAAGUCCAGAGCCACUCCACAUACCAGCACAUCCUACGACACCAGCAGCACUCACACCCUUCCCGGGUCAUAACCAACAGGUUAUGAGCCCAAGGGGCACCACUGCAGCAUGGACACCGCCUCCAGUAGUUCAUCCUUUUGCAGCUUCUGCUUCAGGUACAACUACUCCGUUUGCAGGUGCAACCUUCACGCAAGCAACUCGGAUUGAGGUCCCGGUACACGUGUUGGAACAAUUUGCGCAGCAGAAUACGAUUGACAAUGAGAUCCUUGGAGAUUUACGGGCGGCCGUGGUAGAACUACAUGACCGCAUGCAACACCGCACAAACAUCCUUGGAACAACAACUACCUCGUUGGCCGACGGCUACAACCUUGUGGUAGAAAAUUUAGGGCGUCUGCAGCAGGGCCUUGAUGCACACAGUGAAGUCAUCACUCGUCUUGUGCAGGACAACCGAGGAAUUCAUGAUGAGCUUGAAGCCACGCGCGCCCAGUUGGAAGAGGUUCGGACAAUGGCUCAGACCCCUCGAUUGGGACCAGAACAAUGGCAGGCUCAGGUGGAAGCACACAUCUUGAAACUUCAGAAUGAGUUCGACAUGCGAAUGAAGCAGGUCGAUGAUGAUCAUCAUAGCACCAAAUCCCGUGUUCGAAAUCUUGAGGACAGGGCUGUGAGUAGGACGGAAGUUCCAGAUGCUCACAUGGUACAGGAACAGGUGGACGAGACCUUUUCUGCGGUGCAGCACCUCAGAAGUGUCGUCGAGGCUAAGCACCUGGAGUUAGACCAUGGCUUGGCAGAGGCGAGGGAAUCGAUUCAGGACCUGUCCAACACUCAGCGGAAGGUUGAGAAGAGUCUUGAUCACCUUCAGGCACUUUGUGAGCAGAACAAGCAGAUGAACAGUAUCUUGAUUGAUGCCUAUGAAGGUUCGUGGUGGGGCAAUCAGGCAUUGAAGCCUCUGGAUGAGCCCAUUGGAGGGCCAUCUGGACAGAAUCCUGCUCCAGCUGAGGGCAGGGACACCAGUCAGGAACAGGGCAAUGCAAUUCAUCAUGCUCGAUGGAAACUCCUGGCUGAUGUUCCAAGUUUACAGGUUGGUUCAGGGGAACCGUGGGAAGUCGGAAUGAGAUUUCGCACGUGGUUGAAACAGCUUGACACAGUCGCUGGCACCAUAGCACCCGCUUUUGGUACUUUCGUGGCAGCGCAGGUUCAGUUGGCGGAGCAACGUCAUGGCGAGAGGAUGGCUGGCUUGGUCACUUUGGGACCGCCGCCGGAUGUGGAUCCACGAGAUUCUGAGUGCGAGAGCAGGCUUAUCCUUUUGUUGAUCCGUUGUCUUCCUCAGGAAUGGAAAACAAGCGUGCUGGAACAACAGGACGAGUCCAAGGGCAGGAGAGCUUUGGAUCUCCUAGAGGGAGUCUUCGAAGUCCUGCAGCCCGGCGGGGCUGCAGAGAUGCAAUCCUUGAAUACGUUCGUUCGUACACUUCGGCCUGUUACGACAGCAAAGGAUGGACUCAGUGUUCUUAGGCACUGGCGUCUCGCCAGAACCAGGGCCACAGCUCUGGCACUUCCAAAGUUGGCACCGUUUGAAGAACUACAAGCUCUGAGUACGAUGGCACAGACUUUGGAGCGGCGUCAUGAUCGUUUUCGCACCCUCUUGGGCUUGCUUCGGACAGAUCCCGACAUCAUCCGCCCCACAGCAGCUGGAGUUGAAAAGAUGGUCACUCUGAUAGAGCAGCAGUUGCAGCUGCUCAGCGCUGAUGAGCACAUCAAGGCGAACAGGCAGCAUGAGCCUGAUCCUCAAGCUGCGAAGGGCAAAGGCGAUGGCAAAGGAAAGGACAAAGGCAAGAGAGGGGGCAAGGAAACGAAGAAGCCAUGUGAGUUCAUGAAGAAAUACGGGAAGUGCAAAUUUGGCGACAGAUGUCACUACAGCCAUGAUGGUCUACAAGGACAGGAGUCUGGUACACAGGAGUGUCUUGCAUGGGCCAAGAAUGGGAAAUGCAAGUUCGGCGACAAGUGUAGAUACCAGCACAAUGGUGAAGCGAACAAGGCAGCAAAUCCGAAGGCGAAGCAAAAACCAAAGGCAAAGGCCAAAUCCUCAGCAUCAGCGGCAGAGGGAGAGUCCGAACUUGUCGGAGUGAAGCCUACAGCGUCUGCUAUCCGUGUUUCUUCCAGUGUUGCUAGAAUGGCACGCAGCAUGCAGAGUGAGGAGGAGAGCAGCAGUCAGGCAUUAUCUGGUGAGGAGUUUGAGAUUCCCAUGCAUGCAGAGGCAAGUACUCCCGAGUGGUCAGAUGUUGAACAAGGAGUUUUCCUGAUGAAGAUUCAGAUGUCUCUGCAGAAGAAGGGGACCAUGACCACACUACGCCUACUGCAGAGGCCUCCGCUUCGGGAGCUGCGAGACACACUCCUCUUGGAGCUUUUGAUUUGCCUACUACAAUGGGUGCGCGCACGGGCCCAUCCGAGCCCCAUCUGGGAGUUACGAGAUCCACUCUUGGAGCCUCCAGCUCGACUACUACAUUGGACGAGCCUAUGGGCCCCGCCGAACACUUUGUUGAAGCUAAGCGUCUUACUCCUCUUGGAGCCUCAGACUCGCCUUCUGUCGGCCGACACGCCCAACGAGCCUCAUGACCUGCAAUACAUAAGGCGCUUAGAGUUGCAUGCAGUUUCCGCCCAAUUGCAGGAAACACGUGCCAGCCUGGCCCUUGCUCAACAGGCCUACACCGAUCUCAGGCCUAUUUUCAGAUCCAGGCCAGCCUCCCGCAUCCUGCCCUGCCUCGGCCACUGA